AUGAGCGAUGACUUGUUUUCUAAGGCUUUGGAGAAUCCAGAUCAGGACUUGAAUGUGGAAUUGCCUAAGGAUGACGUUGAUUUAGGUCUUUUGGGUGACGGUGGGAACGAGAAGAAGGGCGAUGAACCAGUCGCAGACGCGGUAAAGUCGGUCAGCGGAUCCUCUGAUUCUGAUUCUGAUUCUGAUUUUGAUUCUUCAGGUAGUGAAGAUGAUUCUGCAGAUCAGGACGUCGAGGGGGAGGACGAAGAUGAGGACGUGGUUGAAAAUGAAGACGAAGACGAAGACCCUUCACCCUCUGGACCCAUAUUGUCGAAGAACGAAAUACUAGAGGAGACUGUUCCUGAACUGCCAGAGGAUUAUGAAAUUUCAGAAAAAACGAUCAUCACCCCUAUUGGUGUUUUGAAGUCUGCGUUUGAGAACAAUAUAAUCGUCCACGCCACGUUGUCGGGUGAAAAACGUGUUUUGAAAGAAGGUUCCAUCUUCUGCCUCGAGGAUAGAACUUUGAUUGGGAUGUUGACGGAAGUUUUUGGGCCCUUGCAAAACCCGUUCUACAGAAUCAAGCUGCCCGACUCAAAAAAAGAUAUAUUCAAUGAAUUGAAAGUGCGUUUAGGCGAGAAAGCCUAUAUAGUCACCCCUGAUGCCCACUGGAUAGAUACUUUUGAAUUGAAGCGCAACAAAGGUACUGAUGCGUCUAAUGGGUACGAUGAAGAAUUACCUGAAGAGGAACAAGAAUUUUCCGACGACGAAAAAGAAGCCCUUUUUAAGAAAAUGAAGAAACAGCAACAGCAGCAAAGAAAGAAAAGGGAUAACCGCAAACAAACCAAUGACACUGACAAUGUCAAGGUAAAGAAAGCUCGGCAACCUAAGCCCAACAAUCUACCCAAAUUAGUGCCGCCAAUGGGCAUGGGCAUGGGCAGCAAUGCUCCGUUGCAACAUGGGUACAAAUCAAGAAACGCACGUGAAAACACUAAACGUGAAUCCAGUACCACCUCUAACCGGAAUCGUUCGCCCCCGGUGCCAAUGAUACAGCAACAACAACAUUUUCCUGUAAAUAAUUACCCCUACCCGCCGCAGCCAAACAGUAUGCCCUAUCCGCCAUACCCAUCUUUUCCUCCACCAUCUAACUUCCAGUAUCCACCUCCACCGUUUGGCCAGGUGCCACCGGCCCAAUUCUCCAACACUAUUCCAUAUGGUAGCGCUUCUCCCGCAUACAACAACAUGCCGCCACCGACACAGCCGCCGUUUAUGCCGAUGGCUCAAAGCCAAACUCCACUUCCAUACGGCGUGCCUCCAAUGGGUCAAAUGCAAAAUCCAAUGUACAUCCAACCGCCACCUCAAAUGCCUCCUCAAAUGCCUCCUCAAGGAAAUGGUAAUUUUCAACAAGUAAUGGAAUUACAUCAAAUACUCUUGCAACAGCAGCAGCAGCAACAACAACAACAACAACAACAACAACAACAACAACACCAGCAUCAGCAAGGACCAAGAACUUAG